CCUAGCAAUGUGUGCCCCCAGAAUGGCAGGCCCGAUAGGGAGGAGUGCUCUAGUGUUAUCGGAGCAGUGUAAGAAGAAUGCAUGGAAAGACAAGAUGGUGGAGUAUCAAGAAGCCAUGCAGUUGAUCCCUUGUCCACAAAUCCUCCAUACAGAUCUAGAAAAUGCACGACUCAAUCCUGAUGGGGAAAUCCAGAAAAAGUCACAGGAGAGGCUCUGCACCAGGGCAAGAGGAUGCCUGCGAAUCAGGGGGCACUACCGAACCCUUAUUAGAUCCACAGCAGAUCGAAUGGGCCCUGUAGGGGGCCGAAGCCUAGAAGCUGGUGAGGGCCCUGAGGUCUUGGAGGGCCAUGGGGCACCUCCAAGGAAUUCACUCACAUUCUUGGAUGGGGCCUUAGGCCUGGGCAUACUAGGAGUCAGUGCUCGCCUGGUCCUGGCCCUGGCUGGUCCAGCUAUUAUGCUCCUGCUGCUGUUUCUAAUGUUGAGUUUCCUGACUUUUGACCUUAUCCAUGGGCCCCAGGAGUUGCCUCUGCCUCGAAGGCCAAUGUUUAGACCCCUUGGCCUGGGAGCAGGGGGUGAAGGCCCCCGCUUGCGAGAACCACUGCUCCCACCUACCCUGAGUCAUGUCCUGGAUGGAUUCCUUCUCCUUACAGGUCUAGGGCUGAUCCUGGGGGCUGUGAUGCCCUUCAGCAUCUUCAGCCUUAUAGUUAGCCUCUGGCCUCUGGCCUGAAGCAAAGCCUCUCUUCUCCAGGAACCAGCAGUCUAAUUAGGCCUCCUCACAGAAAAUACAUGAGAAUUGUCCCA